CGCUUGGCACGCCAUGUAGAGGUAGAGAAACAACUGAAAGAGGAGAAAAAUAAAGCUUUCAAGUUCUCAAAACUGAAUUUGACUCGGCAGAGAUCACAUGCCUCUUCUUCACAGCAAAAAUGUUAUAACUUGAACAGAGUUGAGAAAAAGACCUUAGUCCUAUUGUUCUACAAACCUAUGAAUACAGAAUCAACCCCUUCAGUGCUAAGUUUCAAGAAGUUCAGUGAAUAGAAUAGAAACAAUAUUUUUCUGAUUGUUUGGAGUGGACAGUAUUUAAGUUUUUCAUGUGUAGGCUGGGCUGACAGUCUUAAGCUUCUUAAAAUAUAUAUAUUUUGUUUUUGUUUAGCCAAAUUACUUAACAAACAUGGAUGUUUGUUUAAGCAAAUAACAUAUGCUGUAAUGUUAUUGUUUCAGUUGAAUAAAUCUAUUUAAAUUGUUAUUAUUAAGGUAAUGAUUUUUUCCCUUCCUAAGUACAACAGAAAAGUUGUCCAAAUACAGUAUGAAUGAUUAACCUAUUAAACUGGGGAUAAAAAAACCUAAUAUGAAAAGUUGUUAUUCUAAAAAUCUUCAUCUACCAGCAUAUUAAAGUUAUACCAGCAAGAAUUAGUCUUUAUGUAGAAAACUAUGAUUUAAAUCAAGCCUUACUGACUAGUGAUUUAAAUUGUGAUUUAAAUCGUGAUUUAAAUCAGUUUGAUUUAAACCAAAUCCACCCUGGUUUGUAGAGCCUUAGUAAGAAAUGUGGGUGUUCUGAAGGAUGUAUACUUCUUUACAUCAGACAAAAGAAAACAGGUCUUUGCAAGAGACGGUCUUCCCUUCUGUGAUCUUAACAAUCGGUGGAUGUAGUUGUUUCUAAGAUUGUUAUAAAAAGGGCAUUCAAGGAAUACAAAACAUAUACCAUAGUUUUCCAUGUAUAAGAUGCUGUUUUUUAAAUUUUAAAAUAAUGUUCCAAAUUGGGGGUUGUCUUAUACACGGAGAGUGCAGAGGGGGACAAGUGUUUGGUUGCAGCCGCGAGCAGGAGAGUGUAAGCGGUGAUUGGGCGGGUGAUUGGUGGCUGCGUCAAGGGCUGCUGUUGAUUGGCUGCCACUGCAUCAAUAUGGCGGGCGAUUGGCGGCUGCUGGCAGUGAGCGGGCAGAAGAGUGUUGGCUUUGUCGAUGCGUGUGACUGGCAGCGUUGGUCAGGUGGGUGAGCAAUUAUCACAACCCCCCCCCAAAAAAAGCUCAGUAACUGUGGGCAACCCCCCCCCCCAUUUUUUAAUUCGGAGUCCCCAAAAUAGAGAUUGUCUUAUACACGGAAAAAUACGGUACCUUGUUGAGGAAUGGGCAAGGCUGUAAUUCAGUGGUGGAUCUGCUUUCCAUGCAGAAAGUCCCAGGUACAGUCUUGUUGGGCAUCUCUAGGUAGGGCUGAGAGAAGCAUCUUGUCUGAAACCCUGGAGAGCCACUGCCAGUCAGUACAGCGAAUGCUUUCACCUUGUAUGUGUAUAUAUGCUUUUCGUAUUGGCGGUAAAUCAGUUCUCAAUCAGUGCAACUAAUUGCACACGCUGUCUUCCGACUGCUGGUACCAUUAGGAAAAACUGGAUUUGCAACAUGCUCACGGACUGCAAGAGCUGGAAUUUAUCCAGGGACAUAGUGACACAGAAGCAGCAAGGCAGUGCGUGAACCAGUGGCUGAAAAUGCCAGGUCUCAAGCCAGGCACUCUAAACUCCGGAAGGAGAGCAUUACCCCGGAGAUCAGACCAGAUACAAUCUGACAGUAAAUCCAUUUUAUGCCCAAUAAUGCAUUGCCACAGAAAAUUUGACAACAGGCAUCUUCUCCUGGGCCACCUUCAGAGGUUUGAUCAUUCUCCAUGCGAUCCAUCAAUUACACUACAUGGAUGUCCACCUGAUGCAUUUGCCUGCAUAGUCUGCACCAGAAGAUUUCCCACGUCUCAGCUAUAUGAUGAGCACGUUUCUUCUAAGGCAAAUGAAGGUGACGGCCAUGAAAAGAAAUACCCUCCUCAGCAUAUUCAGUGCUUUGCAUGUCCAUGCUGCUUUCUCCUUUUUAGCCUGAGAGAUGAGUGUCUGCAGCAUAUGUCUGAAAAGAAUCACUUCUCUCAGGCUUUUAAACUCAGUGAUAAAGCAACACAAGCACAACCUUUGCCAUUCCCAGCCUAUGCAAAGAAUCUUCUGAUCUCCUUGUGCAAAGAAAUCCCGUUCCAAGUGAAGUGCACAUCCUGCCAUCAGGUGUUGCGUUCUCAUGUGGAGCUAACGGCACACUUCAGAACUCGUUGUCGUGAUGCUGGCCCAGUGACUCUGUCAAAGAAGCGCAUCUGCCAGGUCGCCGAAGUAUUUAAAGCCAAAGGUUUCUGUCACACCUGUAGCGAGCUGUUUAUCAACGACACCCAUAUCCGUCAGCAUAUUUCCAAAACCUUACACAAGGUUAAAGUUUUCACCACGAUGGAAGAAUCCAUCCUGGCAGUAUGCCAUGUCAACGAAAGGAAUAAAAGUGCCUCUCAUCUACAGAAGAAUAGCAGCUUUUUAAAAUCUUCUCCUCUGAAGAGGCCUUCGGACUCGAUUGAAUCCGUUGGCGAUGAGGGGGGAACGGUUUCAAAACGAAUAAAGGACUCAGAAGGCAAAAGCCAAGAGGUUAGCAGCGUUCCUGCCGUCAAAGCCUGGGUGUGCCAGUGCGAGCUGGCGUUUCCUUCUGAGGAGCUGGUAGAAAACCACAUUUUUUCCGAGAACACAAUCUGCCACAAAUGUGGGGUGUGCGGCAAGCUUGCGGAAAAUGCAAGCGUCAUCCGUUUGCACAUGAGCCGGUUCCAUGGAGGAGCACACUUGACUAAUUUUGUCUUCUGGUGCCAGGUCUGCAGUGUAGCUCUUCAGAAAGUAGAUGACGUUAAGGCCCAUGUGACAGAAUAUCAUGGUGUGCACAGCUUUUACCGUGAGGAUGCUGCUGCUGCUGCUGAGGAUGCUACAGCUGAGGAUGCUACAGCAUCUUCUAGUGCACUGUUCGGUAGUUCACUUGAACAGAAAGACCAAACUCCUAGCCCUAUGGAGCAGUCUCCACCUUCGAGCCCCAUGGAUGUGUCAGGGUCAGGGUCUCACCAAUGGCAGUGUUGUAUGUGCGAGGAGCUCUUUGACUCUGAAGACAGCGUGAAGCAGCACUGUGUAUCAUUAGAGAGCCAUCACUUCCACAGGUACAGCUGUGAGUUGUGCAAAAUGACAUUCCGGAAGAACGAAACUUUCCAUCGACACUGUCAGGAUAAGCAUAACGGUGUCGUAAAGGUCAAAUACUUCUGCGGCUUUUGUGGCGACCUGUUUUUUGAUGCCGAGGAGCAGUUCUUGCUUCACUUCAAGGGCUUCCAUAGCACAGAUUACAUAUGCGUGUCUGAGGGAGCGGGGACAUCAAUCAAGAGUACCGAAAUAGUAGAAGAGAGCAAGCGUCUGAGCUGUGGUUGUCGGGAGAAGUACGCUAGCAAAGAGAACAGGAAGGCGGAUUACAAGAGGUGUCAGAAGGCCUUGCUGGAGAAGGGCAACUUGUGGUUCCGCUGUGCCUUGUGCUCCUCAACAGCGCAGAGCUUUCCUGACAUGAUGGUUCAUCUCGUGACACACUCGGAGAAAAACCCUGACCAAGAAUUGUACAUUGUGAGGUGUGGAGCAUGCAACAAAAACUUCAGUGAUGUUGGAAUUGCCCACCAGCACUUUCACAGCAAGCACUGCUUCCCACAAAAGCCCCAGCUAGCCCCAACUCAAGCAGGAAGUGACGUCUUCCAGAUUUCCGCCGGUGGAUCCUGUGUAGACAAAAAGCCUGAAAACCUAAUGCUUUCGGAAGACAAGACUGCAGCAAGUGCUUCAGAGAAGAAGAGGCCAGGAGAGCUACCCAAAGAGCAAGUUAAGAAGCCACAUUCUGAAGGGCUUGGUCUAGAUGACAGAGACCUACCUGAUCUUGAUUACCUGUGUACCAUGACUCAUAUUAUUAUGAUGGAUUUGGAUAACUGGGGAAACCUUUUCCAUCAGUUGCCUGCUACCCUUAACCAAGGAACUUUUAUCUGGGGUUUUCAAGGUGGGCACAACAACUGGAAGCCACCUGUGAACUGCAAGAUUUUUAACUACCUUAACAAGAUUGGGUGUUUCUUCCUCCAUCCACACUGUGGUACGAGGAGAGAGGCUGCCGACUUUGCAAUCUGUGUGCAUGUGGGCCGUCUAGAUGAGCAUCUACCGAAGCAUAUUCCUUUCACUAUUCUUUCGGGAGACAAAAGCUUUCUAGAGCUUGAGGAUCAGCUUAAGAUGACUCAGCGGGCAACUCGCAUUCUAGAUCCUCAUAAGAUUGAUGCCGACAUGAUGUGUGCCUUAUUGAACAGCAUUUCAGAUACAGCCAAAGGUGCAGCACCCUCGAGAUCAAAUUAUGCUAGUCCUGCCUGUAUAAAAAAUGAAGUGGUAGAUACUCAAAUGGGAAUGGAGCAGGUUUCAGAAGAAACAAAGGACCAAGUGGGUGCAGAGGAGGAAGAUGCAGCAUUUCAAGAGGCCAUCAGGCGAAGCAUGGAAGAGAUGUGAAGAUGGCUUGAUAUCAGUGCACUAAAAAGCAUCUAAGCUGGCUCCCAAGUAGUUGAAAUUUGUUCAUCCUAUUACAACGAUUAAAAAAAAAGUACUGGUUAACAUUUCACAGUCUCAAUGCACUUUAAGAACUGAGCUCCACUGACACAUCUAAGCACAUCAUAAGCUGCAGUGGAUGGAACUUGAGUACCCUUAACUGGAUUUCAGUUUUCCCACAUAUUUGUCUCUGUGAUAUACAGUAUACAGGUGUGGUAUGGGACAGCAUAUUUAAGAGGCUCAAAAAUGUAGUUCCACUGUGUGACAGGAUGGCUUAAACCUUAGUUUCUUAAAACUAUCUGGUUUGUAAACUAGGCUUGCCUUUUUUGUUUAUUUCUUCCUCUUCCUCUCCCCAGGCUUUCAUUUUUGGAUGUUAAUGUUUCUUUCCUGUUGUACAUGCAUUUCUAGCAUAAACAUUGCAACAGAUACGUACUGAAUCCUCAUUUUCUUUUACUGUCUUACCUUAAGGGGAAAAUUAAGUAGUACUGCAAUCUCCAGUGCUCUGGCAAACUUGUGACGGGUCUCCAAUGUGACUUUAAGAAGUGAAACAGAAUUUUGAGGGCCUAGUUAUUUUCUUUCACCUUUAUCUUUGUAUGUACUUUUUAUGUUUUGAGAACGAAUGUGGCACCAAACUGACUGGGCUAUAGGUGUAUAUUAUGCUUCCUGCCUUACUAAUACUGCCGCAAAUUAUUUUCUUCCCCCCCCCCCCAAUGUUUUAAUUCAGAAAGGCAAACCCUUUCUACAUUCCUCCAUGGUUAAUUUAUUGUGGUUAUUUUUUUAGAACAUCGUUUUGCGUUUGUGCAUAAUUAAAAUAUUGGUUACUUUUUGCAGUAUGUCCUCAUUUCAGUCAGUUGCUACUUGACUCAUGCAUAGAAGUGUUGAAUGCAAAAGGUGGUAAUUUUAAAUCACUGUUUCUAGUGCAGGCUUCUUGAAGGACUGCUUUGGAGUGACCAUCCACAAAUACACACACACACACACACACACACACACACACACACACACAACCCAUGAAUACAAUUUUAAAAAUGCCAGGAACGUUUAGCAAAUUAUCCUGAUUGGGAAGGAUCACCCUUGCUAAGAAGGGUAUUCCAGUGUAGAAGCACACUGUGUUCUAGGUUCCCACCUAAAAAGAAGUAACCUACCUUUAGAAGUAUGUAACCUACACUCUAAUGGGAAAACUUGAACAUUUAUUAAUGGUGUAGGGCCGGUAAGGAUU